AUGGAUAAGCUGCUGAAUGCUUCUGCUUCUCUGGGACGAGCUUCGUCUUUCGUGACAGUCAAUCAGACAAAAACACUGCUUAUAUCAGCUUAUCUGGAACACCGCACUGAAGAAAAAGAGGUUCGUGUGAUUUCAGUGGUGCUGCGGAGCCAAGCAGUAGCCUAUAUCUGCAUCUUACUCUGCCAGGGGCUGCGGUACAUCUCUGAGGGUGUCAGCCACAUCCACAGUGAUCACUUUGGCUUUCCCUACGGGACCGCCGACAUCAUGUGUCCCCUCCCUUUGGGCUGCCAGACACCAUCUCAUAUAGCUGUGACCACUGUUGUACCCAAAGAUGAAGAUAAACUUGAGUUUCUGGAAAUUCAAAACCAAAAUCCCAAGAGUGAUUCCUUUCCUUAUAACUUCACUGUCUGUCUCUCCACCAUGUUUGAUUUCACCAACGUGCUUCAGCUGGUACAGAGUUUAGAAAUGUUUCAGUUACUGGGAGUCAACAAGGUGGUCGUCUAUAAGACCAGCUGCAGCGCUGAGACGCAGCUUAUACUGGACUACUACACACACAAAGGUUUACUGGAAGUGAUUCCUUGGUCUCUAUCCAGGUUUUUUAAAGUGUCUCGCGGCUGGUUGCCUGAACACGGUCCUGGUGAACUUCACUACUUCGGCCAGAUUCCUGCUCUCACUGACUGCCUUUACAGAUACAUGUACCGGUCCAAAUAUGUGGCCAUGCAGGACAUUGAUGAGCUCAUUCUGCCUCAAUCAGUCGACAGGUAGAUCUUUGUUCAUGUGGUCUCUUGUUGAGAUUUUAGAAACAGAAUUCCACAAAAGUCAGAAUGGUGUGUAAAAUGUACUGGUUUCUCAAUCUCAUCAACUCAUAUUUUAUUCCCACUAGAAGAUAAACAUCAUAGCAGAUGUUGAAACAGAGACAUUUUACCAUGUGAUG